AGAGCCGCGCAUAGUACUUCAGUUUCAACGCUCGUUGAGAACCGACGAGUGCCAUGGAGCGCAUAACGUUUACUGUCAACGGGAAGACAUGCUCAGUGGACGAGAGGACACCGCGGACGAUGUCCCUCAACCUGUAUAUCCGCAACGUGCUCUGCUUGCCGGGGACCAAGGCCAUGUGCCGCGAGGGGGGGUGCGGGGCGUGCAUCGUCACCGUGCGCGCACGACGGCUUACGUCUGGAUUGGUCGAGACUUUCUCUGUCAACUCUUGCCUGGUGCUCGUGUUCUCCUGCCGCGGGUGGGACAUCACGACAGUGGAGGGUCUGGGCGACCGCCGUCGAGGGUAUGACGACAUCCAGAAGCGGUUCAAGCACUUUAACGCUACACAAUGCGGGUACUGCACUCCUGGAUGGGUCAUGCAGAUGAACAGUUUGCAGGACAAACAUCUGACUGAAGCAGAGUUGGAGAGGUCCUUCGGCAGUAAUACAUGUCGCUGCACCGGCUACCGGCCAAUUUUGGACGCAAUUAAAUCAUUCGCCGUCGACGCAAACCCAGAAUUACGACAAAAAGUCAAAGACAUUGAGGACAUCGACGGAGCUUGCGGCAAAAAGGAAAUUUGCCGAAGAAAAUGCUCUUCACAGAGUUGUGUAGAAGGUUGGCAGGUUGUCGGUUCUCCAGGGGAUAAUGCGACAAUUGAAUUGGAUUUCGGAGACUGCAAAUUCUUUAAAGUGUUCGGCGAGAGUGAGAUUUUUGAGGUUUUAGAGAAGCAUGGCGCCGAUUCAUAUAUGUUUGCUGAUGGUAACACUGGGAAAGGCAUAUACGAAACAUUCAACUACCCGCGCAUAAUAAUCGACAUCAGCGAAGUGAAGUCCCUCAAGGAGCAUCAACUCGACCAGAACUUGAUCCUGGGAGCCAACAUCUCUUUGGAGGACUGCAUUAAUAUAUUCGACGACAUUUCCAGCCAGAUGGAAGAGUUCACGUACUUGAAGCAGUUCAGCAAACAUUUCCAACUAGUGGCUCAUAUUCCUGUAAGAAAGAUUGGUUCCCUGGCCGGCAACCUGAUGCUGAAGCACGAGAUGCCGUUCUAUCAGUCAGACGUCUUCCUGCUGCUGUCGUGUGUCGGCGCCGUCGUCAACGUCCGAAACGCGUCAGGCACAACGCACAGCCUGUCGAUGACAGAGUUCCUCAAGUUCGACAUGGGCAGCACGCUGAUGGUGUCGGUGGUGCUGCCCCCCAUGGCCCACUCCGCCAUCUUCAAGAGUUACAAGAUAAUGGCAAGGAACCAGAACGCCCUGGCCAUAGUGAACGCAGCGUUCCUGCUAAAAGUGAAUGAACACAGCAAGGUGAUCGAGCACGCGAGACUGGCCUUCGGGAACAUAUCCGAGGAGUUUGUGUAUGCUGCCCACACUGAGGCUUACCUGAUGGGGAAGUUCGCUUUCAGCAACGAGACUUUGCAAGGAGCCGUCAGGGAGCUGUGCGAUGAGAUCCACCCGGUGGACUUUCCUCCCGAACCCUCGCCUGAAAGUAGGAAAAAACUAGCCAUUGGACUCUUUUACAAGUUCAUGCUCUGCAUAGCUCCACCAGAAGUAGUCGACCCUCGCUACCUUUCUGGCGGCACGGAGCUCGUGCGCCCUGUGUCCCGCGGGAAACAAGACUUCCAGACCUACAAGGAGUUAUAUCCUUUGAACCAACCCAUGCCGAAGCUGGAGGCUAUGAUACAAAGCGCAGGAGAAGCAGAGUACACAAACGACAUGCCGCCGAUCCCGGGGCAAGUGUUCGCCGCGUUCGUGCUGUCCACUGUACACCGGGGGCAGCUGCAGGAGGUCGACGGUACUGACGUCCUGAAAGUCCCGGGCGUGUUGGCGGUGUAUACGGCUAAGGACAUCCCGGGCAAGAACUCCUUCACCCGCCCCGGCUUGCAGCUGGUGACUGAAGAUGAAGAAAUAUUGGUGAGUGUAAACGUGCUAUACUACGGGCAGCCGGUCGCGAUAGUGGCUGCCGAGUCCGAGGAGCUGGCGGCGGACGCGGCGAAGCGGGUCAAGGUCUCGUACAUCAACGUCCCGGAUUCGAUGCCCGUGCUCACCAUAGACGAAGCUAUGAAGGAUGAGAAGAGGUAUUUUAUCGGGAGUGAUUCUAUUGAACCUGCUGGGCGCGGCUCGGACACGCAGAGAGUGAUACAAGGCUCGUCCUCGCUCGGACACCAGAGCCACUACUACCUGGAGCCCGUGACGUGCGCGGCGCGCGCGGGCGAGCGCGUGGAGCUGCGCGAGUCCUCGCAGUGGCUGCUCGCCUCGCAGCUCGCCGUGGCGCGGUGUCUGGGGCUCCGGGAGAGCGAUAUAAUAGUUGAGUCGCGGCGCUGCGGCGGCGCAUUCGGCGGGAAGGUGUCGCGCCAGGCGCAGGCCGCGUGCGCGUGCGCACUCGUGGCGCACAGCUUGAACACCACCUGCAGGAUGAUAUACCCCAUGCAGACCAACAUCACUAUAGCCGGGGCUAGAAUACCUAAUAAAUGUGAUUAUGAGGUGGGCGUAGACAACAACGGCAAAAUCCAAUAUCUCGAAGCUCAAAUAACUGAAGACGAGGGCUGUUCGCACAACGACAGUGUUCUCUCGUAUGUAGUGGACGGGUUCAGGCAUUGCUAUGACAGCUCAUACUGGCAUUUGAAGACUGCGUAUGUUUUGACUGACACCGCUUCUAACACCUUCGCUAGAGCACCAGGGACCUGUGAAGGGAUAACCCACAUCGAGCAUAUAAUGGAGCACAUUGCCUUCGAGCUGAAGAGAGAUCCCACUGAAGUUCGCAAAAUCAACAUGAGGCCCGAAGCGACACCUGGAGAGGUCAACGCCCUCCCAGAGAUGAUUGAGACCUUGAAAAAAACCGCAGAUUACGACCAGAGAGUGAAAGAGAUAGAACAAUUCAACCGCGAUAACCGUUGGAUGAAAAGAGACAUACAGAUCAGCGUUAUGUUAUUCCCUAUAACAUAUUAUGGGAAUUACACCGCAAUGGUCUCUAUAUAUAGGGGCGACGGUACAGUGACUAUAACCGGGGGCGGGAUAGAGAUGGGUCAAGGUUUGAAUACCAAAGCUGCUCAAGUGUGUGCGUACGAGUUGGGAAUACCGGUGGAUUACAUUUCAGUGUUGCCAAAUUUCAGUUAUGUGGCCGCCAAUAAUGUGUUCUCCGGGUCGAGUGUUACCAGCGAGAGUGUGUGCUAUUCUAUUAUUAAGGCCUGUGAUAUAUUGAAGAAGAGGUUGGAGCCAGUUAGACAGGAAAUGACGAAGCCUUAUACGUGGAAAGAGUUGAUUUGGCGCGCCGGGUCUCCGGAACUGCUGAUAGACUUGACAGCGAAGUACAUGAUGACGGACAGAGAAUUAAAAGGCUACAGUGCGUUCGCGGCGGCUGUGCUGGAGACGCAGCUGGACGUGCUGGCGGGCGCCGGCCUGCGGCGCCGCGCGCGGCUGCUGCACGACGUCGGGCUCAGCGCCAACCCCGCGCUCGACGUCGGACAGGUCGUCGAAGGCGGCUACGUCCAAGGCCUGGGCUACUACACCUCGGAGAAGUUCAUUUUCUCCCCUCGCUCGGGCCAACUCCUCACCAACCGCGCGCUCACCUACCACGUGCCGCUGGCCAUGGAUAUCCCCGUGGACUUCAGCAUCAACUUCCGAUACAACUCCAAGAACCCUCGAGGGGUUUUGGGCUCGAAGACGGUGGGGGAGAUGGGUAUUGGCAUUGCGCACGGCAUCACCCACGUGCUGAGGCAAAGCAUACAGAAGUCCAGGGCGGAGUCGGGAUACGACCCUGAUCUGUGGAUUGAUAUAGAAACGCCAUACACAACUGACUCUAUAUUGGAAGCGCUGAAUGUGAAAUAUGAAGAAUUCGUCUUUUCGCCAACUCACACCUAAAUUGAGCAUAUAUACUUGUGAAAAUACCCUGGAUAAAUGUUAAAGGUAAAUUUGAUUUAUUUACAUUAGCUUGACAUAAAUGGAACAUAUAUAUGCAUAAAAUGUUCACGAAUAAGGCUGUUAUGAACACGACUAUGUUCCAAAUUCAUAUACACUUGAUUAUAAAUAAAACAAAAUAUUUCGGUAAUACACGUUUAUUCUCGCAUCGUCAAACCAAAAAAUACCACCAUCAAAAUAGAAGACGUUAAAAAAUUAGGCCUCGACGAGAAUUAUUCUUUGAGUUAGGCCUUUCACAACAAAAAAAAAUCGAAUCAUACAAAUAAAGAAUAAAAAAACAAUAAAUACAAAAUAAAUUAC